ACGACCUCAAAGCGAAAGUUACAGUUGGAAUGAUGGUAAUGAAAUUGUAACGAGAAAUUGAGAAACCGAUUCGUGGGAUUUGCAGAAUUAAAAUGGAACGUGGGAAGGGAGAAGAAAGCUCUUCAAAAGAAUUGCAAUUAAGGAAAGAAUAUCCUGAGUCUGCAGGGCAUGACGUCAAGUUGGGAAAAGAAGGAACUUGGUUAGAACCAAGAACACAAGAGAUUUCAUCAAGGAAAAUGAUACGUUAUCACGAGAAGGGUUUAGGUCACUUAGGUGCGUUAAAAUCGAAGACAAAUAAAUGGGAAGUGGAGUUGGAAUCGAAGAGACAAAAGUUAGAAACAAAGAAAGUGAAGUUGGAAUCGAAGAGACCAAGGGUAGAAACAAAGAAAGUGGAGUUGGAAUUGGAGGAAAGAAUGGUGCGUGAUAAUAUGAACAGCCUUGAAUCAUGUAUAAUGAUGCUCAAGGAAAUAAAUAGAGUAUUCGAGAUGAAGAGAUUUGAUUAUAAAGAUUUGAAAGUAAAACUGGAGGAAGAGGAUUCAGCACGAAUGACGUUGCAAUCCAGGGAUUUGGAGUUGGAGUCAAAUAUAAAGAAGUUAGAAAAUGAAUUAGGGGAAAACGAACCAAAAUUGAAACAAAUUAAGAUGGAAUCGGCGUCGACAGAAUUGAAACAGAAGGAAAUAGAGCGGGGUUCAGCGGUAAUACAGUUUGAUCAAAAGAGAAUGAAGUUUGGUCAAAAGAGAAUGAAGCUUGGUCAAAAGAGAAUGAAGCUUGGUCAAAAGAGAGUGGAGUUGGGUCAAAAGAGAAUGAAUCUUGGUCAAAAGAGAAUGGAGUUGGGUCAAAAGAGAAAGGAGCGGGAUUUGGCGUUUAAGAAGUUCGAUCAAAGAGAAAUUGAGUUGCAUUUAGAAAGCGUGAAGCGGACACUGGAUAGGAUGGGGUUGAAGUCUCAGAAAGGAGAGUUGGAGUUUUAGAAAAGAGUGUUAGAGUUUCAGAAAGGAGAGUUGGAGUUUCAGAAAGAAGA